GCAAUUUUCAAUGUUCGAAAAACCUAUUUCUGGCCAAAUCUUAAUGCAGCUUGAUCCUUGGAUUAGUCCCUACAGCACCAAAGUUCGUGAAAGCAUAUUUCAAGCCAUGAAUGAGAAUAUGUUUUCAUCAACAAAUACACUCAAUCAUCCAAUCCCAUCAAAUUUAUCCAAAGCUCCAAUUCAAGAAUCUUCUUCAGAGCAAUCAUUGAUGAUGGAUCAUCAAUCCUUGUUCAACUUCCAUGACCAAGACAAUGCAUCUUCAGUAGUUUUUUCAGAUGCAGUUCAUAUGUCUACUCAGAAUUCUCGCUACAUGCAUUUAGAUCCAAGCAACACUAUCUUCGACCAAAUGCAAAGAAAUUACCAACAAGUAGGUGCAUCUAGUGUCCAUCACAACAAGGAAGCAUCUCAAGCGCCACAAUUUGACAAUCUUACACAAGAAACCGAGGAAGAUAAUAGACUUGGGAGUUUGAACCGGCAAAAGAGGAGUAGUCCAUGGGAGUGGGAUGACUUGCUUCUCGAUGAGCCCUUCAAUUUCUAA